AUGACUGCGCCAUCACCUUCUCCGAGUCAAUCUACUGUUGUUGCUCCUGAUAGCCCAGACUCCGAUGUAUCACCCGGAACUCUAGUCCCACCCAAGACGCACAAGAUCAAGACCGACGGUUCUGGCGAUUACUUUUCCGUUAAAAGCGGCGAUACCACACCGACUGCCAAGGCUGCAUUGAGUCCGGUCAAGGAGAUCAGAGAAGAGAGCAGACGGAGCUCGGUUACAACGUCUAGCAGUAAGACCUCGACUAUUGUCAGCCCCGACGAACAGAAAGAUCCCACCGUGUCCCCGGGAAGCGAGGUCGAUCUCAGCGGGAGAGACUCGAGAAAAUCGUCUGUCAGCUUCCGUCCACCUGUCACGCCAGGGCUUCCUCAAGGCCACCAGCGCAACAAGAGGUUCAGCUCGCCAAAGCCGCACCGCGUCUUGUCCUUGGCCGCACCGCCUCGCGCCUCGAUCCAUCUUUUGCCCCUCCUGCCCUUGCCAUUGCCCGCACUUGCCGUUGCGGUUCCUGUCACGCUCGCUCCCGCUCUUGAUUUCGAGCCUCUCUUCCCCUUUCCACAGAAUCCUCCCCCGCGAGCGUCAUAUGGACCUCCCGCGCAGCGAACCAAUAUUGUACAUUGUCUUAUGGCGACGCUAACCGAGGCAUCGGCCUCCCCUGCGCCUAGGUUUCGCAAACAUGUUGCUUUUGACAACAUCCCCGUCGGCGAGCCGUCCAAGAACAACACCCUCGGAUACACCCUGAGCAUCAGCCAUCAUGGCUACCAUCCUCGAAGGCGGUCCCGCACCGUCAUGGUCGGCGUCGACUCGCACAACUACUCGGAUUUUGCGCUACAAUGGCUCCUAGAGGAGUACGCAGAGGAUGGCGACGAGAUCAUAUGUGUUCACGUCAGCGACAAGGACGCCCGAUCGAUGGACGAGCGCCAGUACAAGGCCCGGGCCGAUGAGAUGGUAGAGAACAUCAAGAAGAAGAUCCCUCAGCAUCGCGCAGUGAGCGUCAAGCUGGAGUUUGCGGUUGGGAAGUUGCAUUCUACCUUUCAGAAAUUGAUCCAGGUGUAUCAGCCAUCAAUGCUUGUUGUUGGGACUAGAGGGCGGUCACUUGGUGGCUUCCAAGGUUUGGUCAACACCAACUCCUUCUCCAAGUACUGUCUGCAGUACUCACCAAUCCCCACCGUGGUGGUACGCGAUUCUGCAAAGCGCCAAAAGAAGAAGGACAAACGAGCGCAGGACCCGAGUCGGCAGAGUUACGUCUCCAUGCUCAGUGCAACCAAGGGCCGCCACGAGGCAGAUAGCGACAACAGCAGCUUGUACGACAUGGAAGCCCGUCUGUCGCCCGAUGAAGAGGCGCACAGGGUCGCGGCAGCGAUUGGACUGCCGGCUGCUUUCGACCCGACGCUCAAACCGAUUGAUAUACAGUCGGUUCUACGACACAGACAUUCGACUUCGCCAAUUCCGGACAUAGAUGCGGUGCCUGAACCCCCCGCCGCACAGGCUGAGCGGCCUCCGUCCCCCGUUGGACCGGUCCUGGCGCCUACAAACGACAGCGAAGACGACGAUAGCGACGACGACGCCGAAUUUGAAGUCGCUACAACCGAGCGGGCCAGGGCCAAGUCUCAGCAAGAGGAGAAGCAGCAGAAGGAACGGCUGCACCAGAUGGAAGUUGGCGAGGCGGCUGCUCUCAAGUCGAGCGCCAAUGUGUCGUCGGAUGACGACGAGGUAUGA